ACCUGCACUCCCAUCCCCCCGUCGCCCCCCCCCUCGCAGAGGGCGCGCGCGCCCCGCGCUCCCAUGCGCCGCUGCUGCCCGGCUUUAUUUGUAAACACUCCGACCGCCGCCGCCUCCGCCGCCGCCGCCGUCGUCUCCGCCGCCGCCCGCCCGUUGCCUCUGCCGUUGCCGCAGCAGCUUCCAACCAAGAUGGCGGCCGGUGGGAGCGGCGGCGGCCUGUCGUCCUGCCCGCCAGGGGUGGGGAACGGCUGCAGCAACGGCAACGGCGGCGGCGGCGGGCCCGGGACGGGCCUGAGCUACAAUAACUGCUCUGUGGCGGCGGCCGCGGCCUCGGCCCCCGGAAACCCGGCGGCCGCCUCCGCCUCCUCCGCCUCCUCGGCCGCCGCCGCCGCGGCCUCCUCCGCCUCCGCCGGGCCUGGGGCCGCCUCCGCCCAGGCCGCGGGCGGCGGCGGCGGCGGGGCAGCUUCGGCCGUGGCGGCGGCGGGCUCGGGCCCGGGCCCGGCCCCCGCUCCGGCCCCGCCCGGGGCCGUGGGGGCGGCAGCGGCGGGGCUGGUGCUGCACCGCGAGCCCGUCUACAACUGGCAGGCGACGAAGCCCACGGUCAAGGAGCGCUUCGCCUUCCUCUUCAACAACGAGGUGCUCAGCGACGUGCACUUCCUGGUGGGCAAAGGCAUGAGCUCGCAGCGCAUCCCCGCGCACAGGUUUGUGUUGGCUGUGGGCAGCGCUGUCUUCGAUGCAAUGUUUAAUGGUGGAAUGGCCACAACUUCUACAGAAAUUGAACUGCCAGAUGUGGAGCCUGCUGCUUUCUUAGCUUUACUCAAAUUUCUUUAUUCUGAUGAAGUUCAGAUUGGACCAGAGACUGUUAUGACCACACUUUAUACAGCUAAAAAAUAUGCUGUUCCUGCUCUUGAGGCACACUGUGUGGAAUUUCUAAAGAAAAAUCUCCGUGCUGAUAAUGCUUUCAUGCUUCUAACACAGGCAAGACUCUUUGAUGAACCCCAACUGGCCAGUCUGUGCUUGGAGAACAUAGAUAAAAAUACAUCGGAUGCCAUCAAUGCAGAGGGUUUCACAGACAUUGAUUUAGACACACUUGUUGCUGUGUUAGAGCGGGAUACCCUGGGUAUUCGAGAGGUACGUUUAUUUAAUGCAGUGGUUCGCUGGUCUGAGGCAGAGUGUCAGCGGCAGCAGCUUCCAGUGACUCCAGAAAACAAGCGGAAAGUUUUGGGCAAAGCCCUUUCUCUUAUUCGUUUCCCACUGAUGACAAUUGAAGAAUUUGCUGCAGGGCCUGCGCAAUCAGGCAUCCUCACUGACCGUGAGGUGGUCAGCCUGUUUCUCCACUUCACCGUGAACCCAAAGCCCCGCGUGGAGUUCAUUGACAGACCACGCUGCUGCCUUCGAGGGAAGGAGUGUAGCAUCAACCGCUUUCAGCAAGUGGAGAGCCGCUGGGGCUACAGCGGAACCAGUGACCGAAUCAGGUUCUCAGUUAACAAAAGGAUAUUUGUGGUUGGAUUUGGCUUAUAUGGAUCAAUACAUGGACCAACGGAUUAUCAAGUCAAUAUACAGAUCAUUCACACUGACAGCAACACGGUCCUGGGUCAGAACGACACUGGCUUCAGCUGUGACGGAUCCUCUAAUACAUUCCGGGUCAUGUUUAAAGAGCCUGUGGAGAUCCUGCCUAAUGUUAACUACACAGCAUGUGCAACACUGAAGGGUCCGGAUUCCCACUACGGCACCAAAGGCCUGCGCAAAGUGAUCCGUGAGUCUCCCACCACGGGGGCCAAGACCUGCUUCACGUUCUGUUACGCAGCCGGAAACAACAAUGGCACCUCGGUGGAGGAUGGACAGAUCCCAGAGAUCAUCUUCUACACAUAAUGGCCACCUGGCAGGACUGUCCUGGAGUGGCCACCCAGGGCCCCCUCCCCCUCCUCUCUGGCCGAGUCCGACCGUGCCAAUGGGCGCGGCUGGCCCAACACACACUUCCAUGUUUUUGCCUCGUGUUAGUGACGCCGCUGCCGCUCUCCCCCACAGACCGGUUUACAGGAAUCCACUAUAGUCACAUGGGGUAGCAACUGCCUCCAUUUUAGUGGUCAUCUUAUCCUCUGAGUUCAUGAAAAGCAUUUUUUUAAAAAUUGUAAUGAAUGUAGAUGCUUUUACGUUGAUUAGAAGCAUGAAAAAAAUACUUUGGUUGAGGUGGGAAACUUCCUGUAAUGAGACAAUCCCUUAAGAGAUUGGAGGGAAAAAAAAGGAGGGUCAUAUUGACCCCUGCCAUCUCCUCCUCCCCCGCCCUCCCACAUCCUCCUUCCUCAUACAUGGGAAAGGGCCCAGCAGGGUGGGCCUGCUCACUGCAAAGGUUUGUAGGUGAAUGUCUGGAGAGAGCUCGGUCGUGUCCCCUCGAACCAGAGACAAUCUUGUCGUGUGUCCGACAAGUGGCGCCAUUCUGACUGACUGCCUGCCUGUCAGCACAGGAAGAAGGCAGAGGUGGGCUCCCGUCCGCCCCGUGCCCGGUCCAGAUGGCAGCCCCGAUUUGUCAGUGUAAGCUCGGGGGUGACCCUAGACUGUCUUGGGGGAGCCAGGUGAGGAGAGAGAAAAAGGAAGCCCUUUCAGCGGCGGGAGUAGUCAGGUGAACUAACCUGAUCCCAGAUACUCCCAAAGCUGCCGCUGUCUGUCAUUUAUUUUUGUAGACUGCACGUUGCAAUGCAUUCUUGGAGUUACCCUUCUCCUGUAAGGAGGGGUAUGUAUGGGGUUGGGGGAAGGGAAAGAAGUCAUUGUGUGAGAGUGUGUGUGUGUGUGUGUGUGUGUGUGUAUGUAUGUACAUGUAUGUGUGUGGGUCUCCUCUGCCCCCCUUCUCUGUGGAUUCCCAAAUGCCUGGUCAGGAAAUGGCCCAGCCCAGAGGGCUCCUUGACAGACAGCCCGGGCCUGAGGGAACAUUUUCAGGAACACGUUGCUGACUUUGUGCUUGUUCAUCCCAGUUCCUAGUCCUCCGGAGCUGUGCUUGUCUGGGCCGGUCUCUCUUCCCUGCUUUAGUGCUAAUUUAGUGAAGUAAAUUUCUCUGUGGCCUUUUUCUAAAGGCUUAUCCUAAGUAGAGAAGGGGGCAACUUACGCCCGUUUACUUUUUGCCUUGUUCUUACUGGAGAGGGUGAGGAGGUCCCUUCCCCCUUUUACUUUGUGCACAUCAGGGGAUUGACUCCAAAACCUUAUUUACAACUGGAUCACUUAGAGAAAUGUCAUCUUUCCCUUAUUGGAGAGUUGUAUGGGCCCUUCACUUCCCCGUUUGUUUUCUGUGUAUCUUAGUUGAAUGAUGCUACUUGGAUUCCCCAAAGGGCCCAAAAGCUUGAGUUUGCCAUCCAAUUGUUUUUUCCCUCAAGGCCGUGUCAGAAGGGAGAAAGGCUCCGCCAGAACAGAGAUGGGCCGGUCCUUCUGCCAAGUGUUGGAACGAGGGCCUCAGCUCACCUGGUCUAUCUGUGAGGGCGCCAGAAGGCGCCCCCAACCCCCUCCUGCCUUCAUGCUCCUCCCUCACAGCAAUGAGCCGGGCAGUCACCUUCUGCCUUGCUGUUCGAGGUCUGAGGACUUGUAUCCAAGGGCAGUUUUCUUAUGGGGGGGGUGAACAGUGAUGCCUUUUUCUCUUCUAUGCUGACUGUAGCUGGCCUUGCUGUCCAGCCUAAGCUGGACUAAAACUGGCCAAACCCGUAGAACCUAAAUGAACAGAAGUGGCCCACAAUGAACAGAAGCGGCCCACCGCGGCGGUUGUGCUGGGCUGUCGGUGAUGGCCGAUAUUCAUGUUGUAGGCCUAGGCCUCGGCCCUGGGCUGGCCAGAUUUGUCAGUGAACCACCAGGGCCCCUUCCCCCAGAGGAAAAUGUCUGCUAGAGUAUAGCUGCUGUUGCCAUCUUUGGUUAGCAUCUGCCUCGUUUUCACCUUGAUAUUGUUUCUGAAUGUAGGCAUUCUCUGCAUAAAGGUGCUGGAGGGACACCGGUAGGUCUCCCUACGUCCCCUCUUCCAUUUCCUCUGGUGCCCUUUUCCUUCCUCAUCUUGUCCCAUCCCCCUGCCCAAGAAAGCAGGAUAUUCCUUGGGUAUUGUACCAAGCACUUGUAACAGGGAAAGGUGAUCUGCCAGUGUGUGUGUGCAUGAGCGUGUGUGUGUGCGAGCGUGUGCAUGUGUGUUCAUUCCAACGGUUUUUCAGUUUCAGUGAUUCCUUCUGUUCUACAGAAUCCCUCCUCCCAAAAGCCAUGGCAAAGGUGUGAUCCCCCACACCUCAUCCUAUUGAAAUGAUUUUUUAAGAAUAAAAAUAAAAAAUAAAUGUGUAUACAUCUUCUGAGCAAUGUACAUUCUUAUGGCUUUCUGCAGUUUGGGCAUUGUAGCUAGGAUGAAUGUAACUCAUUGCUGACCACGCCUGUCUGCGGACGUUGGAGAAUUCCCUUGUAUCAUGUCCACUCUUGGAGUUGGGAAUGUCUAGAUUCAUAAGCAUUGCUAUAUUGAUGAAUGUAUCUAAUGAUUUCUCAUAUUCAGUGUUCAAACACUCUGCUUUUGGCCAGCUUUGUGACUUGUAAAUAGGUAAUCAAUAAAGAGAUGGGGUUGGUUGUCUUUAA